AUGGGUGGUCGCUACUCACAAGGCUAUCAGCUCUUCCAGCAGCUAACUGUUAAAGCAUUCCUUGCGAUCCGGCCACACGCGGAGCAGUUGGUUGGCACUGUGCAACUGAUGCUCGAUACUAGCUUGCCAUCAUUCAAAGGCGAGCCAACGAUCAAGAGACUCAAGGAUCGGUUUGCCCUUGGCCUUAGCGAGCGUCAGGCCGCCGAAUGGAUGGUCUCCGUAGUGCGGAAUGCCCAUGAGAAUAUCAGGAGCACAGCCUACGAUGAAUUCCAGAGACUCCAGAACGGUAUCCCGUACAAGUGA